AUGACAACUAGAUCAUCUUCAAGGGGUGGAAUAUCAAGAGCAUCAAUAUCCGAACUUGCAAAGUCUAUGCCACCACAGCAGCCAACAUAUGAGCAAUUUAGAGCAUCAAGAACUGAAAAAAUUAAUCAAGCAGUUGAAGAUACAAAAGCAACAAAAGAAGCAGAAUUAAAAGAUCUUCAAGCACAAUUACAGGAUUACAUUUUGCGCAUUAAUACUGCGCAAUCAACACUUGCACAAGAAGAAAGAGAUUUUAUGAACGAGAAAGAAUCAUUAUUAACAGAAUUAAAGCAAAUUAAAAUUGAUGCUGAAGCAAAAUCGGCUGAAUCAAGAAUGAAUCAUCUCUCAAAUAUCGAGCAAUUACAAGAACAGCAUGCUGCGGCCAUCGCACAAUAUGCUGCCUCAUUGCAAAAUAUGAAAAUACCUCAAGAUAAUAUAGAUGAUAAAACAGAAAUCGAAAAUGUUCGUUCUCAAUUGCAAGAAACUAAAAAUCAAAUUCGCGGAAGCAAAACAUCAGCCAUAGAACCAGAAGACGAUAAAAUCCCAACAAGUGAGAGCGCAUACAUUUCAAGAAUAUCAAUGCUUGAAUCAAAGAAACGUGAAUUAAUGAAAGUAUUAAAAGAAGAAGAACAAACUAAUAAAGCUCGAGUUACAGAAAUGACAAUGUUGUUAGAUGAUCAAGAGACACAAUAUCAGAAAGAAAUACAGCAGUUCCAGGCAGAAAUGAAGAAGAAAGAAGAUAAAUACCAGGAAGAACUCGCACGCUUGUUUGCCGAAUUGGACAGAACUCAAGCAAAGCGAGCCGAAGUCGUUGGAAAGCAAAAAGCUAAAAUAGACCAAAUUCAAAAUCAAAUCAACACAACUGAAGCCGAAUUCAAGCAGAAACUUAGCAAAGCUAAUGUAGUAGCCGAAAAGCUUAAGGCUGCUUUGAUUAAUGCUAACAUGAGAAAAACACAACAGUUAGAAUUAGAAAAACAGAGAUCAGAAGAACAACAAAACUUACUUAGAGAAUCUUUUGCUAUACAGCAAAAUAUUGCUAAGCUGAAAUCUGAGCUUGAAAAAGCAAGAAAAGAUUCAGCUUUUUUGCGUCGCGAAUUGACUUCUAAAAUUGGAGCCAGACGCGCUGCUUCUCUAUUUGCGUAA